CACACGGUCAUCGCCCUGGGAUUGGAGCACAUCCCUACCGGAUGGAUGAAGAUCACGGACCGUACGCACAAAAACUAUAACCAAUACUGCAAAAUCGAUAUGAGAAAAGGAUUCAUCACUAACAGCGAUGGGGACAGACUCUUCAGCGUCAAUAUGCUCAACGGCGGCCCGGAGUCGGUUUGGAUCUCGCAGAUGCAGCCGAGUGACGUUAUUCAAGAUGUGACAAAAGUAAAGAUAUCCUAUUGAGGCCCGAGCUUCGAGCCUCGCCGGUCGAUGUGUAUGAACUCGGCCUUCUAAACGGCCUCUAGCUAGUAAACUAUUUAAUCCCUAGUGUCGAUAUAUGCGAUUAUGCUACUUACUAUACCUGAAUUGCUGAGAUGGAUGAUGAUGUUUCAUGGUU